AUGCCCGAAGUCCAAGUCAAUCCAUACCACCUCAAACCCACCUCCCUAAUCCCCAACUCCCCCUACCCCCUCCUCCACUACAAAGGCCUCAUGUCCUCCCACAUCCCCUCCAACUCCGGCAAACUCAGCUCCAUCCACAACCUCUACACCUCCAAUUCCUGGGUCACGCACUGGAUCUUCCGCUACGGCCCCACCCAACUCUCGCACUACCACUCCCACGCGCACGAAUGCAUGACCGUCCUCAGCGGAACAGCGACAAUCCGCUUCGGCGUCGCCGAUACUUCCGAAGAUAUGGAUGAGAAUACAUACAAAGGACAAUGGGAAGAAGGCGGAAUCGAAGUCACAGCCCACGCGGGCGAUGUGUUCAUCAUACCAGUGGGCGUGGCGCAUAAGACGUAUAACCCUUCUCCCACGAGUCCGGAGGUGAAGCUGUUGACGCCGGGGACGGGGAAGGGGGUGGAAGCGGCAGAUCCGGCGAAGGCACUGGAUGCUAUUGAGUUGGAGGGGUUUACGAUGAUGGGGUGUUAUCCCGAGGGGCAGACGUGGGAUUUUGCGGUGGGGAUGGAGCCGAGAGAGUUCAAGGAGGUGUGGAGUGUGCCGAAGCCUAGGAGGGAUCCGGUGCUAGGGGACGGGGAGGAGGGGUUAGUUGGGCUGUGGAGGGAGAGGGAGAGGGCGAAGUUGUGA